UGUGGUCUCAGUAGAUCCAGUUCUAACCCUUCCUGUCUCCGAUGGACAGGUGUGCUGGUGGUCAAUGUGACGUGGAGGAAGAGAACCUACGUGGGAACUCUGCUGGACUGCACCAAACACGACUGGGCUCCUCCAAGGUUUUGCGAGUCUCCCUCCAGCGACCCGGAGUUGCCCGGUGGGCGUGGCCGGGGCAAACGGAUGCGAAUGGCCAUGGCCGAGCGGCCCUGCGUUGAGCCGGCCUCUGCAGCCAAAGUCAGAGGACUAUCGCAGCACAGGAGCCGCGGAGGUGGUGUGGCCGGAACUGCCACACCCAUCCACAGCAAGGGUAGGAGAGGAAGCCUGAACCUCAUCAACAGCAACUGCCGAAUGCCUCCUUCUUUCUUCACCGUGGAGGACGUGAAACCUACCAACAGCACCUCCUCUCUCUCGUCCGGGAAGCGAAAGAACAAACCGCCAGCUGACCUGGACCUCAGCCUGGUCUCCUCUGACGACGUCAAAAACGGGAACGGGAAGAGGAUUCGAGCCAAAUCCCGCAGUGCCCCAUCCACGCCGCAGGGCAAAUCUGACCCCUCGUUCAUGGACCCCGGAGGUGGUUGCGCCUCCUCACCUCCUCCCCCGCCCAUCCUCAUCGACUGCCCCCACCCCAACUGCACUAAACGCUACAAGCACAUCAACGGCCUGCGCUACCACCAGACGCACGCACACCUGGAGGCCGAGGAGCAGAGGAAGCCUGGACUGGAGCCCAUGAAGGACGGGGAGAGCGAGGAUCGACUGUCAGACUGCGAGGACAUCAUCAGCAACUUGACGUAUGACCUCUCGGAAACAAACAGCACCAAUGUCAACAGCUCCUCUAAGAAACCUGCUCCUCUAUAUAAGGUGACCACGGUGGGAUCUCCUAAGAACAGACGACUACUCCUCAGCACUGACCACAGCCCCUCGGUCAACCCCAAGACCAGAAGAACCUCACUGCUGAAAGACGGGCUGAUUGACGACCUUAGCAAUCUGCCCAUCAUCUCCAACAUGACCGUGGUUCUGGAGAACUGCAUGGUCCCAGACAGGAACUCCAUGGUCGAGAUGCCCAAGCUGGAAGCCGAAGGCUUGAUCGACAAAAAGGGAGGCACGUGCGACAAGGGCAAGAAGGCCAACGGGAAGGUAGAUAAGCUGUCUAAGUCACGGACCAACCGGCCGAUCGCUCCGGCCCCUGCUCCCCCAAAGCUGAUCGCCAUACCCAACACGGCGUAUCCGACCGGCACAGCCGAUACUGCCACCUCACCUAUGGCAGCCAUGGGCCUCACAAGUAAAAACCUUCCCCUGAAACCCAUCAAACCAAAGCUGAGCAUUGUCGUGGAACCGAGCCUUGUCAAAGCCACCAUGGUCACCUGCAGCAAAGAGACCAGGAAGAAAGAGAAACGGAGGCUGAAGGACAAACACAACAAAGACGCGCAAACCAGGACGCCUAAUGGCGACAGUGGUGGAAUCAAACUGGAAGAUGGUUGUGGUGGUGGUUCCAAAAUGGGUGUCAAGGAGAUUUCUGGAAGCCUUCUGAAGGAGCACCUCAGUAAGCAGGAUGUAAUGAAUGGGCUGACGGAGAGCCAGGAGAGCCGGAUGGCCAGUAUCCGAGCCGAGGCCGACAAGGUGUACACCUUCACCGACAACGCCCCCAGCCCCUCCAUCGGUGGCUCAUCGAGGCUCGACUCUGGUGGUAGUUGCCUGGCAACAGACAGCAAGAACAACAGCCCCGCCUACUCCGACAUCUCAGAUGCCGGGGACGACGGGGGAUCCUCUGAAUGUCGCUCGGAUGGAAUCCGAUCCAAGUCCGCCUCCUCGGCCUCUUCAGAGGCGAGCUCUAACAGUAACCACGGUAGCUCUGGUAAAACCCCGCCCACUGCAUCUGCCCCGCUGUUGAAAGACCCCCAAUCCCCGUACUACCACGGCUACGACCCCUACUACCUGCAGGGGUACAUGCAGUCGGACAGGCAAAACAGCAGCAGCGUCACCUUCCACAAAAGCUCCGGCCUCGACUGCAAAGGGAAAGACAGAAAGGAGGAUGUGAAAGAGGACGACAAAAUAUCCUCCCAUGAGUUCUCAGACUCAAAGAAAGGCGACGGGCCGCCUCAGUCUCAGCUCCAGCUGGCCAUGAGCCAGACACAGACCGCCUUGGCCCAGUCGCUGUACUACGGCCAGUACUCCAGAGGCCUGUAUAUGGACCAGAAACUGUUGCUGGCCUCCAAGUGCUGCGACCAGACACACGGCGCCAAACAGAGGGGCGAGAGGGGACAGGGGUCAAGAGACAGUGAGGACGAUAAACACAUGGUUGGGGGUUCAGCCGGUGGACCCAUGCAGGGUAAAAGUCCAGAUGGCGCCAAAGGUUGCUGUCCCAAACCCGUCCUGUCCUACGUGGAGAUGAGUGAGAGGGGAGAAAGGGGACAGAGUAUGGGCGCGAAGGCGGCGCACAGUGGCAUGGAGGACCAGCACCAGGUCUCGAUGAAAGACUGCGACGACAUCAAGUCGCCUUCCUCUUCCUCUUCUUCAUCACUCCACAACCCAAACAGUCAGACAGAUCUGGACUCAAAUGUUUCCUAUUCCAGUCCCUCAGACGGCCCGGCCUGGGCUCACUGCCUCGCUCACAGCAAAUACUCUGAGCUACAACAUGGGGAGGAGGCCGAGGAGGGGGAAGCAGACAGGGAGAAAGAGUGGGGAGCUACCGUGGAGCCUGCCGGGGCCAAGAUGACCUCCGGAGGAGGAGGUGUGUGCGGAGAUGCUAUAAAAGCCAGGGUCCACGAUCUCCCGCCCGCCAUCGACUUGGAGGAUCCAGACAGACCGGACGGGCUGGAUGAUCAAGGUCUGGAGCCGAUGGGAGGGCUGGCCGAGGAGCCCCAGAACGCCCGGGCGGCGGUGUCUCCUCCCAUGACCCCCCAGCAGCCCUACAUCCAGUACCAGCACUCCUCCUACCCGCCCUACCUGGCGAUGUGCGAGAGCGGCGGGGGCUCCUACAGAGGGGUGUCCCCGACCCUGGUCCACAACUACCCGGGUUUCCACUACCCUCUGUACGGUAAGACGGCGGGCAGGGAGGAGUCAGAGGUGACUCCGCCCAGCAGAGGAGGAGCGGUGGGCGUUCAGCAGAGCGGAGACCCGUCCUCGUCCUCGGCCCUGGAGCUGCUGCAGCAGCAGAGCCACCAGUACCACGGGAAAUCCCCCGCGCCCGGCGAGAAGGGUUCCCCCGAGGGAGAGAGAGAGACGGAGCGCGAGAGGAACCACCUGUCGUUCGCCCGACAUCUCCACACACACCAUCACACACACCUGGGUAUGAGCUACAACCUGCUGUCAGGACAGUACGACAUCUACCAAGGGUUGAGCUCCCGGUCGCUGGUCUCGAGUCAGCAGGUGUCGGGUCACUCCUCCACCGAGAGCGAAGGGAAGAAGUAGGACCACGUGAGAGACCACGUUCUCACAUGAGGAACGGCAGAUUUAUCAGACAUCAAUUCCACGGUGUUUAAUAAGCUUCGCCUCGCUGAGAGGCAGAGAAUUCAGAACUGGAAUUAAAAAAUAAAAAAGACACUCUUUCAUUUGUUACUAAUGAAAGCCGCCUGUUUUAUAACAUCGGGGGAGCAGACGCAGGGACGGGAAGCGGGAUCAAAGUACCAAUCCAGACUUUUGAAGAUUUCAUUUCAGCGCGUUUUUAAAACUCCCAGAAUGCCGUGCUGCAGCUGUGGCGUUCAACUUUAUAAAAAAUAACAAAUGCACAUUUAUGGUAGUGUAUUAUGAUGAUGAUAUGACUGAAUGUACUGAAGAAGACUAUCCCGAGAGAGUUGAUCUUUUGUUUUCCUUAAAAACUCUGAGUGGGAAACAGCAUUAAGCUAAAAGUCUAUUAUUAUCCUUCUUAUUCUGAUUAUUGAAGUGGUCCUCCUCCCUCCAUAGUGCUGACGCUACACAUUUGUAUUACUAACCUGUAACUUGAGCGUAACCAUGUUGAUUGUAUUGUCUUUAUGUGAGAGUAAACCUUCACAUCGAACCUGCCCAGUGCCAUGUAGGAACCCCACCCAGUGGUGUAAAUAUUCUGUACAGACUCAUGGCGGAGCACUGACAUGCUUUUAUCCUACUCUAAUGUUGACCUCCAUCUCCGGCCGUGCAGGGGGAGCAGCGGGCGGAGCAGGGGGGGGGGGGGGGGACCUAGCAGGAGCAGAACCGACUCUUUAUUUUAUCAGACGUCCUGUAAAAACACUCGUUCCACUGAUGCUGCACAUCUCCCGCUGGGUUAGAGAGUUGUGUGUUUGUUUAGUGACCGUUAGCUCCAGCUUGUGCCUCGUGGAAUCAGUUCUCUAACCAGCGCUUUGAUUUAGAGUUGGUGAGGUUUAGGAUCAAAAAACGAUCCGCUACCUGCAAAACAAUGGCUGCUUAAUCGGACCUCACAGUGAGAUUGUUUUGCCAAAUGAAGGCAAAGUUCUCAGACAUGAACCAAGCAGAU